AUGCAGUCUAUAUGUUUAGUCAAAUUGUACAAUAAUGUGUUUAGCAUUUGGGUGCGAACUGAUAAAGAAAAAAGUUCAUGGCAUCAGGUUUUUGAGAUGCACGUACAAGACAUGGGAUUGGAGGGAUCUGAUCUAGCGGUGGCCGGUUUUACGAUUUUGAACGGAAAAGUUCUGCUCAUUGCAACAAAUUCAAUGGUUUAUCAGUACAAUUUGUCAAGUGAGAACAGUGGAAAAGUCGAGAAAAUUUGUGGGCAUGCAUGCGGGAAAGAUGUGUUUUUCCAUUCCUUUUCGAGUUCACUUCGUUCAUGUGGAGAUGGUGCAACAAAAUUUGCUGCAUGUUAG